GAAGCGUCUGCUUUUGCUCUUGUUGAAGUUGCAGUUUUCACCAGAUCGUCGACAUCAACGUAAACCCGUGAGUGAAGCAAAAACCAAAUGAAGUCCUGAAUCUGAUCCCCAUCGUUUUUGUUGCCCAGUAGGUCAAUAAACUCCUUCAGCCAUUGCUUUGAGUGUUUUGUCAAUUUUCUUCCGCUAUCACUCAAGCCUACAGUCUCAGGGUUGAGGACGUCCGAUGCCAGUAGUGUUCUCAAAUUGACAAUGGCCUGCUCAGUUGAUGGCAUGAAUCCUUUCGAAAGAGCACGGAGCAUUUGGUAGGUGUGCAUCUUCUGAUGGGCGGCUCGUUGAAGUGUAGUGUCGUCCUCAUAUUGAGGAAGCAACGGCUCUCUGUCGCCAUUUCGUCCAGACUUCUUUCUUGAUCCAAAGCAGGAAGACAUUUUGAUGAACUGAGGGUUUGAAAAAUGCGGAGCUGUUGAUCUUCCCUGGGGCCUGUCCUGGCUUAUGUAUGGGUCUGCCAACGGAAGCUUAAUCGAUGACGGGCUCAGCCCAAGCUUGUGCUCAAAAACGAUGACCUGGUACCCCGCAGGACGUUCUUAGCUAAGGCAAAUAGAGGCCGAUGAAUAGUAAACCCGAGGUCUAGAAUAUCUUAAGACGCGAUGCAUACAGUAGCCUGCGUGUUAUUUCACUUCAAGAAGUCGAUGCCUUGAUUCCCAUGUGAACUAGCCGGCUAGGUGAAAGAUCGAUGAGGAGGAGCUUGGGCCAGAAAACAACUACGUCAGGGGCACUCAACUGGACCCAGCAGUCUCGAGUCUGGGGAAGCGAAACGCUAGGAAACUCUUUAUUCCGCCCCGCUUAUCGCCAUGCACUGCGCUUCUUAUCGUCAGCCGCCUGAUCAACUUCCCCUCCAUAUUUGUUCUUGAGAAGCAAAGCAGCAAGCCGGGAUCAACAUAGACUCCAGAUAUGGAACAACGAAGGGAGGAAGUUACAAGGAGACCGCUGUAUGUGUACGAUUUGCCGCAAGAUAUUCUCUCAACUCUCACGCGAAAAGACGACACAGGCGACGAUUCCCCUAAUGGCAUCUCAUCAUCCACGAAAGAGAACAUCCCAGAUACACGGGCGGAAAGUGCUGCAGGUGCAAAAUCAUGUUCGUUAUGUGGGGUAGCAUUUCACACUGUCGAGGACCAGAGGAGCCACAACCGCUCCGACUUGCAUAGUUACAAUCUGAAGCAGAAGAUCAGUGGCGCAAAGCCGGUGACGGAGGGAGACUUUGAGAAGCUUGUUGGAGAUCUCAAUGAGAGUCUGUCAGGCUCUGACUCAUCAGAUUCCGAGGACGGUGAAGACGGAGACGCGCGCAAGGAAACGACAUUGACUGCGCUGCUGAAGAAACAAGCACAGAUAUCAUCGAACAGUAAUGAUGGCAAGGAAAGUCUUGCACCAAACAAGCGGAAGCGAGGCUCAGGAAAACCUCCCAUCAUCUGGUUUGCAUCAAGCACGCUUCCAAGCGAUACAUACCUGGGGGUGUAUCGAGCAAUAUUUACAAAUGCCGAACAAGAGAAUGAACCGACUAUUCUGGACAUCGUACGACAGAAGCAAUUGGCUCCUAAGCCGGCUAUGAAAAUCCCCAUGAAUCCAAGCACUGGUAUCCCUCUACCAGAAGCAUACAAGGAGCCACAUAUUUUUCUUUGCAUGAUAGGUGGUGGCCAUUUUGCUGCUAUGGUUGUCUCUCUGACACCUAAGCAGACGAGAUCAACCCCAACAGGUCCAAUUUCGAAGGAAGCCACUGUUUUGGCACAUAAGACAUUUCACAGAUAUACUACUCGUCGGAAGCAAGGUGGCGCUCAAUCUGCAAACGACAAUGCAAAAGGCGCUGCUCAUUCCGCUGGUGCUGAUCUGAGAAGAUAUAACGAGCAGGCACUUACAGAAGAAGUUCGAGCUUUACUUCAAGACUGGAAAGGAAUGAUCGACACUUCUGAGCUAUUAUUCUUCCGUGCCACAGGUAGCACCAAUCGAAGAACUCUUUUCGGGCCGUAUGAUGGCCAAGUUCUUCGGCACAAUGACCCAAGGAUACGAGGGUUUCCAUUCAGCACCCGACGUGCCACUCAAAACGAACUCAUGCGAGCUUUUGUGGAGCUCACUCGUGUCAAAGUAUUAGAAGUCGACGAAGCCGCAAUAGCUGCAGCAAAACUAGCGGCAGAAGAAUCUGCCAAGGCGGAAAGUGCGAAGGCUGCCAAAAAGUCAGCCCCGGUGGCUCCAAAGCUGUCAGAGGAGGAAGAGACGGCCUUGCUUCACACAUCACAGCUUCAGGCUUUGAUACGACGAUCCAAGGUACCAGCUUUGGCUUCGUACUUCAAGAGCAAUGAGAUAUCUCCCGAUUUCGUAUUCCAGCCGCCCGAUGCUCAACAGCAUUUUCACGCCCCAACUUCAUUACAUCUUGCUGCGAGUCAGAAUUCUGCACCUCUAGUCACAGGUCUCCUUAUCAAAGCUGGCGCUGACCCAACCGUACUUAAUGGAGAUGGGAAAACACCCUUUGACUUAGCUGGAGAACGAGCCACGAGAGAUGCAUUCCGUGUGGCGCGCUCAGAACUCGGAGAAGCCAAAUGGGACUGGGAAGCCGCGCACGUCACUGUGGCAAUAUCACGCGCUGACGCAGACGAGCGAGAUGCUCGGGAGAAGAAGGAAGAGGCCAAGAAGGAAGAAGAAAGGCGGAAAGCCGAGACAGCCCGACUCAAAGAAGAAGGUCCGAAAGUUGUCGAUAACGGACCGCUUGGAAAGGCGGCUGGGAGAGGGAGGAUGCUGGCACUUGGCCAUGUGGCCAAAACGGCGCAGGAGAAGAGGGAGGAGGAGGCCAGGGGAAUGACGCCUGAGAUGCGGAUGAGACUUGAUAGGGAGAGGAGGGCAAGAGCUGCAGAGGAGAGGAUGAAAAGGAUGCAGAGCGGCAAUUAGAAGAGGCCAUAGGCAUACCUACCAGAAAUUGCGAGUCUCGAGAGUCAUUUUCUCGCCCUUACGGUUACCAUAGGGCUCAUCUCAUGUUUUAUGACUCAGUAAGCAUUUGGAUUGACCAGCUUCUCUUGCAUAUCACUUUUCAAGCUCUGAACUUGGGCCGAUUCGAGACUCUGAUAUAGCGGUUGCUAGUGUCCACAAACAUUGUGAGGAAUGAAAAUGUAUGUGAA